UUAUUAUUAUUAUUAUUACAAAUUACAAAUGGGUUACAAGCGGGAGGAUUGAUCUAUCUGCUUCCACGAACAUUGAUUACAGAUCCGUGCUUGAAAGAGAGUGGAAGAAACCAAAACGUUUCAAAUAUUUACUUUUUGCCCUUGGCACUCUCGUGACUCAUACUACUGUCUUUUACCUUAGCAAAUAGCCAAAUAUUAGGAACAUCCGCUUCCUCUUCGGAUCUCUGAAUCUCUCCUCAAUCUUUCUGGUACACUUCUGGCUGGGCUUUGCAACUCUUUGAUUUUCGAGUUAUCAUGACAUAAAGUAUGAGAUUUCUUCUAAAGAGCUGAUUAUAGUGAAAUGACAAUUGAUGUGCAAUCAUCAAUGGCCCAAAGUGUGAGAGCAACUAGGUCUUCCUUUAGCUCUAGCAAUGGAAAUGAAGAAACUCCUUUGCACAAUCCUGUUUCUAUCUCAAAUGGGGAUGAAUAUGAUAGUGAUGGCUCCAAUUUUGCACCACCUACACCUACGACACUCUCAAUGGCUAUUCCAGCAGAACUUGCAGGUGCUAUACCCUUGAUUGAUCGAUUCCAGGUGGAAGGAUUUUUGAGAAUGAUGCAGAAACAAAUUCAAUCUGCCGGUAAACGUGGGUUUUUCUCAAAAAAAUCUCUAGGCACUCAAGUUCGAGAAAAGUUCACUUUUGAGGAUAUGCUUUGUUUCCAAAAGGAUCCUAUACCGACAUCGUUACUUAAAAUCAACAGUGACCUGGUCAACAGAGCAACAAAAUUGUUUCAGAUAAUUUUGAAGUACAUCGGAGUUGAUCCAUCUGAUCGAGUAACUCCUCCGAGUUUAGAUGAACGAAUUGAGUUUGUUGGGAAACUAUAUAAGCAAACUUUGAAGCGUGCUGAGCUCCGAGAUGAACUUUUUGCUCAGAUUUCAAAACAAACCAGGAACAACCCUGAUAGGCAAUACUUAAUCAAAGCAUGGGAGCUGAUGUAUUUAUGUGCAUCCUCCAUGCCUCCUAGCAAGGACAUGGGUGGAUAUUUAUCCGAGUAUGUUCAUAAUGUAGCGCAGGGUGUUAAUACUGAUUCUGAGGUCCAAAUCCUGGCUCUGAAUACAUUAAAUGCUUUAAAGCGUUCAGUUAAAGCUGGUCCCAGGCAUAUGAUACCAGGUCGUGAGGAGAUUGAAGCUCUUCUAACUGGUAGAAAGCUUACAACUAUAGUUUUCUUUUUGGAUGAAACAUUUGAAGAAAUUACAUACGACAUGGCAACAACAGUAUCUGAUGCUGUAGAGGAACUUGCGGGGAUAAUUAAACUAUCAGCUUACUCUAGCUUCACUCUAUUUGAAUGCCGUAAAGUUGUCACUGGUUCCAAGUCACCUGAUCUUGGGAGUGAGGAGUAUAUUGGGUUAGAUGAUAACAAAUAUAUUGGUGAUCUGCUGGCGGAAUUUAAAGCAGCCAAGGAUCGAAGUAAAGGAGAAAUUCUGCACUGCAAACUAACAUUUAAAAAGAAGCUAUUUCGAGAGUCAGAUGAAGCUGUGACAGACCCAAUGUUUGUGCAAUUGUCAUAUGUUCAAUUGCAACAUGACUAUGUAUUGGGCAAUUAUCCAGUUGGAAGGGACGAUGCUGCCCAGCUUUCUGCAUUGCAGAUCUUGGUUGAGAUUGGCUUUGUUGGUAGCCCUGAAUCAUGCACUGAUUGGACUUCUCUUCUUGAACGAUUCCUCCCUAGACAAGUUGCAAUUACUAGAGCAAAGCGGGAUUGGGAGUUGGAUAUUCUUUCUCGUUAUCGAUCAAUGGAGCAUUUAACAAAAGAUGAUGCUAGACAACAAUUUCUGCGGGUAUUGAGGACGCUUCCUUAUGGGAAUUCAGUUUUCUUCAGUGUCCGAAAGAUUGAUGAUCCUAUUGGACUUUUGCCAGGAAGAAUUGUCUUGGGCAUUAACAAGCGAGGGGUUCAUUUUUUCCGUCCAGUUCCAAAAGAGUAUCUACAUUCUGCAGAGCUAAGAGACAUAAUGCAAUUUGGUAGUAGCAAUACUGCUGUAUUUUUUAAGAUGAGAGUUGCAGGUGUUCUUCACAUAUUCCAGUUUGAAACCAAGCAGGGAGAAGAAAUUUGUGUUGCUCUUCAGACACAUAUAAAUGAUGUAAUGUUACGUCGAUACUCCAAAGCACGCUCUGCUACUAGUGGCUCAAUGAAUGGAGAUCAUUCUAACAAUGUUAAGCCUCCUAGUAUGGAAGUGUUUGAAAAACGUGUGCAGGAUUUAUCCAAAACUGUUGAAGAAUCUCAAAAAAAUGCUAAUCGUUUGUCAGAAGAAUUGCAUGAAAAGGAAAAGCAAGAAAUCAAAAUGCAAGAAGAACUGGAGAGCUUGAAAGAUGCUUUGAGAACCGGGAAGCAGAAAUUGGCAGAAGUUGCUAGCGACCGUGAUAGACUUAAAUUGUUGUGCCAUGAAAAGGAUACUGAUCUUCAAGCUGCAUUGAUGGAAAAAAAGAGCAUCGAAGUGAGGUUGGCCAAACUGGGAAAUCAAGCCCUAGAGAGCAAUGCUAAAAAGGAUUUGGUUGGAACAAACAGCCAGGCAUUGCGCAAGCUUCAGGAUGAACUAAAAAUUUGCAAUGAGCAAUUGCAUGCAGAACAAGAAAAUGUGAAGAAGUUGUUGAAUGAGAAAAUCAUAUUAGAGCAGAGGGUUUUCAAACUUGAGAAGAAAAAAGCUGAGGAGAUGGAAAUUCUUGAGAAAAACUUUGAGCAAGAACGCAAGGCUUUAAGGCUCCCAAUGUUUGAAAUUGAAAGAAAGUUGGAAGAGACUACACAAGAUUUGGCUACUGUUCAGUCAACUCUUGCAACUAGGAAUACAGAUUUGGCUGUACUACAGAACAACUUAAAGGAAUUAGAGGAAUUGAGAGAGAUGAAAGAGGACAGAGAUAGAAAAAAUGAGCAAACUGCUGCCAUCUUGAAGAUGCAAGGAGCUCAACUUGCUGAAUUAGAAGCACUUUAUAAAGAAGAGCAAACUUUAAGGAAACGUUACUUUAAUACUAUUGAAGUGUCUUCAUGCUAUCCAGGUGGAAGGAUUUUUGAGAUGAUGCAGAAACAAAUUCAAUCUGCCGGCAAUACUUACAAAGCAUGGGAGCUGAUGUAUUUAUGUGCAUCCUCCAUGCCUCCUAGCAAGGACAUGGGUGUAUUUAUCCGAUUGCAACAUACUAUGUAUUGGGCAUUAUCCAGUUGGAAGGGACAUGCUGCCCAGCUUUCUGCAUUGCAGAUCUUGGUUGAGAUUGGCUUGUUGGUAGCCCUGAAUCAUGCCCUGAUUGGACUUCUCUUCUUGAACGUUCCUCCUAGACAAGUUGCAAUUACUAGGCAAAGCGGGAUUGGGAGUUGA